UCUUAAAACACUGAAGCAAGCCUUACUGUGGGAAGGUUGUUUGUGAUGUUUAAUAAGUCACCAUUCCAUAGUCUCUGCCUAGAUUUCCUCUGAUCAUCGAGUAUAACCAUAUUCUGAGUUAGUCUGGUCAUAUUAAAGUACCCUACCCAGGUGCUGAGAGCUUUAAUUGUGAAGCCCAAACUGAUGUUAGAGGCUCACUGGACGGUUUGGGCUGGGUCGAAACGUUGCACAAAUGCAUUUACAUUUACUGCACUGCAGUACGGCAGCAUGGCGGACGCUCAGGCUCUUCAGAAGUGGGCCGCUUCUGGAUGGGUGUCCAGUGCUGACCCCCCCUCUUUAUGAUGCCGUUUUUUAGGCAGCGAGUAAGGGCACUCAGCAUGCAUCUCUGGGGGAGGUUAAUUCACCGGCAGACCGGAAAAGGUGUGGCCCCAGCCGUUUGAAUUGACAUCCGGCCUUCACGGAAGCGAGUCUGUGCUGUAGGAUGUUCCAGAUGUGAUUAAGGCAGAAAUCAGGCCAGGAAACAAGAUGGCAGCUUUUCAAUAAGCGUGUUCAUGAAUCUGUUCUGUGUAGGUCACAAGGGUGGAGAUGGUCCCUGGUGAUACGCCCAAGGAGAGCAUUUCUGGGCAGACCUUUGGAGAGGGUGCCACCUUGGCUGAUCUGCAGCUGGCAGCAGACAGGUUUGGUGAUGGCUGAGACAUGAUGCGUGAAGGAAGUGACAUCAUCUGCACUGCCCUGCCAGGAAGUCUUUUGCUAGUGAAAGACGUCCCUCAUCACGGACACGACACCAAUAUUGAUCUGACCCGCCCUUGAGAUCGGAGCCCAAGCUUCAGAUUCUCUGAGCCACGGCUGAAGAUCCACCAUGAGCAUCCUCCUGGUGGAGCCCUUCUAUGGGGGCUCCCACAAGCAGCUGGUCGACCUCCUGCAGGAAGAGCUGGCCGAUUGCGUCCUGCACACGCUGCCUGCCAAGAAGUGGCACUGGCGCGCGAGGACGGCAGCGGUGCAUUUCAUGCAGGCCAUCCCGGCCAGCACCGCAUACAGAGUGAUCUUCUCCAGCUCCGUGCUCAACUUGGCCGAGCUGAUCGCCCUGCGACCCGACCUUGCCCCUCUGCGGAAGGUGCUGUACUUCCACGAGAACCAGCUGGUCUACCCGGUCCGGAAGUGCCAGGAGCGUGACUUCCAGUUUGGCUAUAACCAGAUCCUCUCAUGCCUGGUGGCAGACGUCGUGCUCUUUAACUCGUCCUUCAACAUGGAGUCCUUCCUCAGCUCCAUCCCCACAUUCCUGAAGCUGAUGCCCGACCACCGGCCCGCAGGCCUGGAUGCGCUCAUUCGCCGAAAGUGCCGCAUCUACUACUUCCCCCUCCGCUUCCCUGACGUCAGCAGGUUGCUUCCCGAGCAUAAGCGUGCUCGCUGCGCAGGAGUGGUGGGCCCCGUCGGCCCCCAGGAACUGGGGCCCCCUGGAGAUUGCCCCCAUUCUGCCGAGGGACUAGCCCAGAACACGAUGCCGAGAGCAUCCCCUGGACCUGAUUCUGAGCAUGGGGCCCCAAGUCCACAACAUACCGGCGUGCCCCAGUCCCCAGAAGAAAAUUACCAGAGACGAGAAAGUGUAGCGCCCCCUACAGAGGGGGGAGGGAAGCAGAGCAACACCUCACACUGCCAGGUCGAGGAGGAGUGUGAUGACACCGCCAGCCAGCAAAGACCCCUGCACAUCGUUUGGCCCCACAGGUGGGAGCACGACAAAGACCCCGAGCUCUUCCUCACGACGCUCCUGAAGCUGAAGGAGGAGGGACUGAGCUUUCAAGUGUCCGUCCUCGGCGAGACAUUCACCGAGGUCCCAGAUGUCUUCUCCGGUGCCAGGGAGGAGCUGGCCGCCCGCGUGUUGCACUGGGGCUUCCUGUCCAGCAGAGAGCAGUACCUGGAGGUUCUCUGCCAGGCCGAUGUCGUCGUCUCCACCGCCCGGCACGAGUUCUUUGGCGUGGCCAUGUUAGAAGCUGUUCACUGCGGGUGCUAUCCCCUAUGCCCGAAAGCACUGGUCUAUCCCGAGAUAUUCCCUGCUGAGUAUCUGUACUCCACACCUGAGCAGCUCCGUAAGAGACUGAGAGACUUCUGCAGGAGGCCAGACCGGCUGAGGAGACAUCGCGUUAAGGUGGACACUGGUCAGUUCUCCUGGAGCAGCCUCCGGUCCAGCUUCAUCUCUGUCCUGUCAGCCUCCACCAGCAAAGAUCAGUGAUGGGGGCUGGGGAGGGGGCGGCAUGGAGUCGCCGAGUUUCCAGCCCCAGACGGAAUCCACAUAACUUUCCGGAGCAUGGCCAUAUUUACCUGAUCAGAGGGAACUGGGGGAGGAGGGGGGUAUGG